AUGCGCGAACCAAUAGCAACCGCACCAGCGACCGGGGCCACCAUGUUCGGCAUCUCGAACGCCCAGCUCGUGCAGCAUUCGUUUAACGGUGGCUUGCCGCCGCUGAAGGCGGACAGUCCGAUGCCAGCGCCGGCUGGGAUCCUGCGCCCGGUCAGCCGUGCCUCGUCCGUGGGUGGAGGGGUAGCUGGUGGGACGCUCGGGUCGAUGAAGUCUUCGAGCGGCGCAAGCAGCCCGGCGGCAAGCGUCAAGCGGAACAGCUCCAGCUCGAGCUUCGGCAGUAGCAGCGAUCGACGGAGCGUCUUCUACACCGAUCCGAUUCCCGAUUCCGACCAAAGCAGCCGGACAACGGAAGCCACCGGUGGAAAGUACGAUGCGAUGACGAAUGACGAUAGCUGCUCGGCUUCGGAUGCCGGCCACAACGUGGUCGCAAUGGCCAACAACGAUGGGGAUGCGAUCCAGCACCAACAGCAGCAACGGAAGCAUGCAAAACAGCAACAGCAGCGCCAGGGGCUGCGGGACGAGUCACUGCGACGGUUGGUCGAUGGGCAGGUGCGGCGCAAACAGCGCCCCGGUAGCGCCAUCCUGGAGGGCGUCAUCGGUCCGAAGGCCCACCUGAAGCUAGUCAGCCAGGAGCUGGAGUGGGAGCGCAAGUUCCGCGACGACCAGCUCUCCCGCAUCCUGAAGGCGCUGAUUGCAUUCGAGACGCGGCUAAAGAACGAGCAAACGCGCAUCAAGCAGCAGCUGUACGAGAAGGAUGACGUUAUCAACCGGCAGAACUGUACGAUCAAUCGGAUGAAGCGGAAGCUGGCCGCUGACGAGGCGGCCGGGACCGGCAGCGACGAUGGGGAGGAGACGCCGGGAGCCAUCGACGAAGUGGCCCAGUACUGUCCAAAGUGUCGUAAAAACUACUACCGGCUCGAAUGCCGCACGAACGGUACGCAAACGUUCCAGUACUGCCGGGAGGAUGGUGCGGAGAGUGUAAAUACGGAAAACUUAUCCCUUAACAGCGUGGAGUACGCUUCGUCGAGCGAGGAACAGGAAUCAUCGCUGUACGUGCGGGCAAACUCGUUCAAAGAUGCCCGCCGGAGCCGGAAGUACACGAGCAAGCGGUCCUACCAGGGCUACCAGCAGCGUGGGACGGCGUCGCGUGCCAGCAGUUUCAAGAGCAACGCUUCCGGGCCGACGACCGGCCGGACGCUGGCGAAGCUGACCGAGCGCAACGAAGGGCGGGACGCGAUUCGACUGCAGCGCGGCGGUACGGCGGCGGACGACGGCACGGAGAGUGGCCACGAGGCGUACGUCAAUAUAGAACCAAAUGCGAAUGUGCCUAAAAUAGUGAUCUACGAAAACUACGAGAGCGACAAGGAGAACAAACGGUUGGACCAGAACCAACGUCACCGGGAGUGCAACAACUACGACAACGUGGAACCGUACUCGAACCGUAUCGACACGCUGCACGGCAUAGCCGGGCGGGGGGGCAGCUCGGGGCGGUUCGGCAAACAGCAUGCCGACGGACGGAAUGAUUACCAUCUGGCGUCGCCGUCGAAGCGGGGCAGCGUCGAUGGCAGCGACCAGAUGGAGCUGGACGAUGGGACUAUCUUCUACGAGGCCAACACGAGCGUCAGCAAUAACCAGGCAAAGUACACCGAAGGGAUGGAGAUGAAGCAGACGAUUGAAACGAACGACGAUUGGUAUGCGAGCGCGAGCGAUAUGGAGGACUCGGAUACGGCCCUUGGCAAACCGUACAGCAAUGCCGCCGUUAACCCGGUGCUGGAGUGUGUCAAUCAGAUACUUCUUCAACAAUCGAUGGAUGGUUUUGGAGAUAGCAAUAAAGACACGCCCACGAAUGGUGACGGCAAUGCGGUGGAGGAGGAGGACGAGCUGUACAUUAAGGCGCAGGAACCAGCACCACCACAACAACAACCGCCACCAGCGAAGGAACCAUCCACGGCCGUCCGCUCGAAGCGCGUUCACUUUUCGACCCAGAACAGUAUGGUGCAGGUACCUCGGAUAACGCUUCAAGCGACACCCGGCCCAACGCUGGGAAGCACCGGAAGUGGCAAUCGGAAGGACGAUAAACUUUCGCCCACCUACGAGAUUCAGAGCAUCUACAGCAACGAGUACGAACCGAUUGGAUCGGAGCAGAACUCCUACUCGAACUACUACGUUGACAUGGAGUCGAAGCUUGGUUCGGAGGAUCGCGAACGGGAGAUGGCGUUGGCGGAGAAACGGAAGACACCGCCGGCGUUGCCACCGAAACCGGCGAACCUGUUGAAGCUGCAGCAGCUGUCGAAAACGAAUCAACAGCAGCGCGGAGGUGGUGGUGUUCUGAUAGGAGGAGGGUCGGCGUUGAAGGGAACCACGCGCCAUGCGACAUCGUCCGCCCAGAGCGAUAUCGUUGAGUCCGAGCCGGAUUACUGUUCCAUCAGCGAGAUACAGGAUUCGGUGAAGUGUGUCCAGAUUGUGGCGGAGAUACACAAGGACGCGUGCGAGGACGAUUACUCCAUCGUGGAUGAAGAGGAAACGGAGCCGGUGGUGGAGAAGAGGCAACAGAAUGGAACAGAAGCGGCGUCAGAUGAGAAGCUGGUCGAAACUGGCGGCAAGAAAAGUUCGACGGAGCUGGAAGAAUCGUUUGCCGACGUACCGAAGCUACCGAACGUGGCGGAAAUAGUGGUACCACCGAAGAAGGAUUCACUGAACAAGUUCAUCAGCCAGGACAACUACAUCACGAAGUCGUCGUCGUCGGGAAGUAGUACCUCGAGCGGGAAAGUAAUGCUUGCGUCCGGUGUCAUGCCGAGUGGCGGGUCGGUGCAAACGACACCGAACAAAAAGGACGGCGAAUUCCGCGAGCAGCUAUCGGAGAUCAUCGCCGAAAUCAACAAGCAGUCUCCGGCCAUCCGUACAGCCUCGAAGAAGCAAAUUCCGGUCAAGGAUCUGGGUUCGCCGUUCCGUGGCGUAAGCCAAAUCCCGGGUGUAGCGUUUCAGUCGAAGUUGAAACCGGUCGACAAGCUCAGUUUCCUUUCGAAGGCAAGCUCCGGGUCAAUACCGAGCCUAAACCACCAUCACCACACACCGAAACUGACCACCAUCACCACCACCACCUCCAGUGCGAUCGGACGGCCAGCAAUAAAACCCACCCUGCUGAAGUCGUCCCUCUCGACGAAGGCACUGUCUAGUACGAACCUUUCGCUCGGGAAUAAUCUGAACCAGUUCGGUAGCCCGGUCAAGUCGGUUUCGUACAUUCCCAACCUCAAGUCCCUGAACGCGACCGGUCCGCUAUCGGGCAGCGUACGAGAGAAUGGUGGAAGUUCUAGCGUCGGUUGUUCACCGGUAAAGUCUUCCCCACCGGUGAAGAAAGGACCAGAAAGGGUUACCGGUACACCAGCGGUAGGUGGUGGCACCCCGGCCUCAUCCACUCCGGUCAUCAUAGCGGAGGAUAGCAAAUUACCCAUUCAAGCGGAGUUUGAUUGGUAUAAUUUGGACGCCGAGUAUGGCAAAUCCAACCAACCGGACGUUAUCGUUGAGGCGGACCCAUGCACACCCGGUAGUGAACCACCGACCGGUGCUGGGACACUUAUCGAGGGGGAUACCACCAGUCAGGUUAAUGGGACGCAAGGUUCGGUAAAGGGCGCUCACAACAAAUCGGGCGAAACCCCCAACGGAGCACAUUCGAAGGCGACCGAAAGGACGGUCGGAAGUGCGUCGGAAAAUGGUAGCGAGUGCCACGAGGAGGAGCUUGAAAACGUCGAGUAUAACCUGGACGAGGAGUACAAAAGCAUUGGCCCGAUCGUACCACCGCCGGACAUUAUUCAGAAGGGAGGCGGCAGCAUCCACCAAGUACCACCCCCGUUGACGCCGCCGAAGAACGGUAAAAUUCCCUACAACAGUUUAUCGUUCAAGGAACUGAUGCAACUCAACGAAACGCCCAAGAUUGGGCCGGAAAAGGGAAAAGCGAAGACGGCGGGCCCGACCGCUGGUGGUGGUGGUACUGGGGGGACGGAGAAUGGGGGACCGACCACCGGAAACUAUGAACAUUUCCUGGACGACUCUGGACUUUGCUCCAAGCCGAUCAUAUUGCCACGGAAGAAGCGUGUCUAUUACUCGGGACCGUUCGUGUGAGAAAGCUUGUUUACCGUGCGUGUGUGUGCGCGUGUUUGGGUUUGUAAUUGUUGGCAAGCUUGAUCCGGCUAAUGGGUUAUUUGUUGUUCGAUUUGUAGACCUUGAACAAGUUCGCUUCCGAUUUGAUUACUCUAUCGUUCGGACUUUUAGCAGGAUUAUGAUGCCUUGCCCGAGAGGAAGCCCUUUUGAAAGGAAUAUAAGCUUAUGCUUACCUUCGUACAAGAACAAUAUUUCCAGUGUAGUCGUAUUUCAAAGCUGGAAGGCUUUGUAGAAUCGCAAUCCGAUUGCUAGUAAAUAGAAAGACGAAACAAAACCAUCCCUAACAAGUUUUGUUUCCAUUUCGGUUCAAUUGCGCCAUUUGCAAUUGAAACAUGAUUAACAUGAGCGUUACCUUUUCCCGGAUGAAAAGGUGUAAGGCUUAUCAAUGAAAACUAAAAAAAGAAAGAUAAAUCAUCCCCCCCUUUUCCUCCGUCCCGUUGCCUGCAAAAUUAUGCAUAAGCAUCAGUACCUUUCCAAAAUCCUCUUUCACAAUCAUUCAUUAGUUAAUCGGAUGAUACUGCAGGUUCACUUUUACCUUCCAUUGCUCCGACAGCACCGAAGGACACUAACGCCCCGGCACGUUCCCCCGUCCCGUCCGGUAUAUCGGAUUAAGUAUUCAUGGCCCAUCCGUGCUCGGAUCGGUCCAUUGGUACGUCACCGCCGUAAUCGAAUGUUAUUAAUUAGAUCAACUCCAUAUUACGUUGUGCGCUUUUGCUUUCGGGCGGGUGAUAAAUGCAAAUGGGGACAGUCGAUGGACACCGGUCUAAAACGGUGGAUGGUCGCUCGAUGGAAAGAAGGGUGCGUGCACGAGCAUCGUGGUCAUAAUUGUGCCAGGGCACGUCGGGUUUUGUGAACCGAAGUGGUCGACAAUUGAAUUGUACGUCGUUGUAGCAGCGAGCUUUAAAUAUGGAUGGAUCAAUGAACGAAACAAAAGUGAGCACAUCGAACUAAUUGCGUUGCGUGGUAAAUUUGGACAAGUGGUGGCCAUCAAUCUGAAUCCGGUAGAAACGGAACGCGCUACCGAGUGGUGUUAUGAAAAUGGAAGCAUAUAAAUAUAAAACCAACAAAAAGGGAACAUACCAACACACAUACGAUGGAGGAGAGUAAAUUAAAUCAAUCACUCAAUCAGACGACAAAAAUGAUGCUCUCAUUUAACAAACUUUCUGUGGAAUAGACAGGCAACACCUAUCGUUAGUAUAAUCAUGUGUAAUGUUCGAUCGAUACGGUGGAAAACGAUGUAUAGAUGUAUAGAGCAAAACGGAAGAAUAUUGGAUAACUGUUCCCGUCCCGUCCGGAAGUCGUUUGGGCGCGGUGUUCAAAUAAAUUAGGACAAUUAUGUAUUGUAAAGUCUAUCGGAAACCUUAAGCAAAUGGAAAAUAAAACAAGAAACGAAACAUUAUUUAUU